AUGUCCCCAGUCAACGACUUUGGCCUUAUUGCUGCCCCAAGACCCGUGCGCCUUCCCGCCUUUACCUUCGCUCGUCGCGUAAAUGCGUCGCCGUCGAGGGCAGAUAACGACAACAACAGCGAUCUAGCGUCUACCAGCCCAUCGCCGUUGAGCGGCAGGUCAUCCACACUACCCUCCGAGGCGUUGGAAGAAUUCUUGGCUAUUCUUAAGCCGUCCUUCUUUCCCUCCACGUCGCCGACGCUGGGAAAGUCGCGCAGGUCUCUGAACAUACCUACUUUCCAUCAGUAUGAACGACCUCUGGCCUUUAAGCCCCGACAACGCCUUGAGAACCAACCAGUUCUCAAAUCUGACGUUGACGACCCAUCGGACUCCCAUCCAUCCGCCCCAACGUCCCCGGUACCAGUGGGAGGUGAGCAGCAAGACUCAUUGAUAGAUCAUUAUGACCAAGAAGGUCCAGUGCAUCGAUGGCUGCGCUUUGGGCCCUUAUCCUCUCCUGUAUCUCGCAUGCACACUCGUAAUCCCUUCCUUAAACAAAUCACUGAACAGCCUGGAGUUGCUGCCCGCACCCUCUCUCCUGCUGCUAUCCCCUUGCCCACCCCGGAUCCGGACGAGUGGCUGAUCCUCCAGGAAGCCUAA